AUGUUUCCCUGGCAUGGAGAAGGAAAGGGAAGCUCGUUUGUGCCUGCUACUACACAGCGACAGCAGCCACAACCACAAGCACAGGAACAGACACAGCAGUCAUCGUCGCGACAGGAUGGGUAUGGACGAUGGCGGUUAUCGUCUGUUUUGCAAGGUCAAGGUCAAGAUGUGAAUGAUAAAUCCGGCAGGUCAUCGCCUAAAGAAGAACCUAUCCCUAGUUCUGGUGGUGAUGAUGAUGAGGGGGAAGAAGAUGGUGAAGCAGAAGAGCAAGGGAACUCUGAUGAAGAGGAUAUAGAUUUCCGAGGUCCUACAAAUGGGUCGAAUGCUACAGGAUCUGGAUCAAAUUCGACAAAUGGCACAGAACAGCCAAGACAAGGACAAGGACAAGCCCAAAGACUAGGAGAGCGAAUGCCUCCAUUGGGAUACCCCCCUCAACCCAGCUUCCGCAACAAUCACGCCCGCCGACUCAACACAGAAGAAGAAAUAAAACUCUUCGAACUCUGCAUCAAACACAGCGGCACAUUCGGCGAACGCAGCAAACUAUGUGAAUGGUGGAAAAACAUUGCCAAUGAAUUCAUCGAGAAAUACGGAGGUCCAUAUUCAUGGCACUCUGUUCGACGGAAAGUUGAUCUUGUGACGAGACAGCGAAUCAAGUACUUGGCUGAUUUGAGAGAGGGAAAAAUCGAGAGUGAUCAGGCGACAGAACCUUGGAAGAAGGUGUUGGAUGAAUGGAUUCCGACUUGGGAGAAGUUUGAGGUUGCAGAGAAGAGGAGGAUUGAGGUUAGGGAUGCCAGAGCUGCGAGUAGGAAGAGAAAGGAGCCGGCUGGUGCUUCGUCGUCGCCUUCGUCGCCUGCUCCGUCGUCUGCGACGAAACGUGCUUCUACUGCUGCACCACCACCACCAGCUGGAUCAUGGCAAGCGACUCCUCGAAGAUGGACUCCUGGACCUAGUCCGUAUGCAUACCCUCCUCCUCCAGGACCAGGGUAUAUGGGCCCUCCACCAUCGACACCAGGCAUGAAACUUCCCGACGGAUACGAUACCAUGUUCCGAACUCCAGCUCCUCAUCCCUCUACUCACCCAUUAUACCCACAUCCUCCACCACAAGCAUAUUAUCCCCCGCCAAAUGCAAUACCAGUCGACAAUAGCCUGACCUCUGCUAUCCUCGAAACACUAACAAAACUAAACAAACAUCUCGAAGACGCGGAUAGCACUUCAUCUAUCGUCAAUGCUCUAACUGGAAACGACAAGAACAAGACUACUACAGCCUUAAAUGGGACAACAUCGCCCCCAUCCUCCUCCCCCGAAGAACCUCGCACCCAAGAAGCAGAACCUACAGAACCCACAGACGAACCGACAUCCUCCACAUAUAAAAAGAUCCGCGCCGAACUCCGGGCCGAAUUUCAGACUGAAAUGGCAAAAAUGCGACAAGCAUUCACCGCAAAAUUAGACGCAUUAGAGCAAACGCAGGAGAUGAUUAUGGACAUGUUGAGGCAGGAACCUGGUCGGGAGGGAUCUACGUGAUCUCUCUUUUCGUCCCAGAAUGGACGAUUCGCUCGUUUUUUACUUUCAUUGCUUGAGUUUCGGUUAUAUCUGUUGUAAUAUGUAUUAAUAGAUACCCUUUCAUAAGUAUAUAGUUAUUAGCUUGUUGCGUAUAUGUAUAAUCUGUCUUG